GUGGAAGAUUCCCGCGUGGGACUGGCGGGAGCGAGCACGUGGAAGGGGAGCCCACGUCGGGAGUGGCGAAGCAGCAGAAAUGAAGAAGAGAGGUUCAUACAACAGGGAGAAAUACGGGAGAAACAGUUACCGCCAGAGCAGCGCCUGUCGAUGGAACAGAAGGCGUAGCUCUAACGAAAGAUAUGGAGCAGAGGGAUUGAGUAGUCCUCAAAGUUCUGACAGUAGUAAUAGAGCCUUUUCGUCAGCUUCUAGUUCAAACUCAAGCUCUUCAGUGCCAGAACUGCCAGGAUUUUACUUUGAUCCUGAAAAGAACCGUUAUUUUCGACUGCUUCCUGGACAUAACAACUGCAACCCCCUCACAAGAGAGAUGAUCCAGCACAAGGAGAGAGAGAGCAGAAGAUUGAAACUUUUAGAGAAAGAAGAUAUGCAAAAAAAGAAAGCAACAAGAAUUGGACUGAAUCCAUUACCCUUGUUGAACAAGAGACAAUUGGGUAUGCUCUGUUCUACCAGUUAUUGCCGAUUAGUCCAUGAGUUACAUGUGAACUGCAUGCAGAGAAAGAAGGUAGCAAUUCAGAGCCCCGAUUCCUCUGUUGUUGGAACUGAUCACUUUAAGCUCAUAGUGGCUGACACUGCCCGGGAGAGGAUAUUCACGGUUAAUGAUGUGGAACAUGGAGGCUGCAAGUAUGGCAUCAUCAACCUUAGUGGUUUAGGAACCGAGGCUCUCACUGUGGAGAUGUAUGACAAUCUAUACUUUACCAAUCGCAAGGUAAAUUCUGUAUGCUGGGCCUCUCUGACUCAUCCCGAUUCCCAUGUUUUACUCUGUCUCAUGGGCAUUGCAGAGACUCCAGGUUGUGCCAGUUUGCUUCCUGCCUCCUUGUUCAGCAACACCAGGCCAGCAGGAGACCAGCCUGGCAUGCUCUGUAGUUUUAAGAUCUCUACUGCCUGGUCUUGUGCAUGGUGCCUGAAUCCCCAGGCUAAUAGUUGCUUCAGUACAGGCUUGUCCAGAAGGGUCCUUGUAACCAAUGCAGUGACUGGUCAUCGGCAGACAUUUGGGACCAACAGUGAUGUUCUGGCACAACAGUUUGCCACCCAGACCCCUCUACUGUUCAAUGGCUGCCGCUCCGGAGAGGUCUUUGCCAUCGAUCUGCGUCAACGAAGUCGUAAAAGCCAGGGCUGGAAAGCUACCCGCUUAUUCCAUGAUUCAGCUGUGACAUCUGUACGGGUUCUACGAGAUGAGCAGUGCCUCAUGGCAGCAGAUAUGUCUGGGAAGAUCAAGCUAUGGGACCUGAGGGCAAAUAAGUGUGUGAAACAUUAUGAAGGUCAUAAUAAUGAAUAUGCCUACCUGCCGCUGCAUGUACACGAAGAAGAAGGACUUCUGAUAGCAGUGGGACAGGACUGCUAUACAAGGAUAUGGAGUCUUUGGGAUACUCAUCUGCUCAGAACCAUCCCUUCCCCAUACCCAUGCUCCAAAGAAGACAUCCCCAGUGUGGUUUUCUCUUCCCAUCUUGGGGGCCUCCGUGGAGUACCAGGAUUGCUCUUAGCUGUUAGACAGGAUCUCUACUGUUUUUCCUAUAAUUGAGGUCACACAAGACCAGAAAAAAAAAGCCCAAUAGAUACCGUAUUGACAGAAUGGAGAUCUAACCAAGUAUAUUAAACACAGACUCACUACUAGGUGUGAUGGUAUUGAUGUUAUUGCCAUCUUUGCUAGGAUAUUUUCAAUGAGUUCUUUCAACCUAUUUUUUUCUUUUUAGCUUCUUGGGUUCAGGGUUAUAAGUCUUGCAUUAUGUGGGAAAGCUGCAGGUAUAUUGUCUAAUUCCUCACUGGGCUCGAGGAGUGUGCAAAUCCUUUUCAUAAAAGGUGCCCAUUUCCCUUCUCUUGGAAGAUUUUUUUUUUUAAGUUCAAGACUUUCCACACACUGAAAGGAUUGAGAGAGUUGGGUUUGACUAAAAACUUUGCUUAAACCAAAUGAAUGAAUUGGAAGUUAAUCUGUGUCUGGGUCCCAAGUUAUGUGCACUUGUCUUUUCAAGACACUAUGAUAUUUCUACAGACACUUUUAAGUAAACAAGACUUGAAGAGAGUCAAAGACAGUUCUCUCAUAAUCUCUAAAGAUUAGGAUAUGGCAUGAUGGAAUGGAUAGUAGUUUAGCCUUCUUGAUUAUACAGCAUAUAAGUCUCUGGGAUAUUUGUUCUGGUAUCUUUCACAAGCAUUGAAAUUUUUUUUUUAAUUAUGAUGACUGACUUGAAAGUUUUCUUCCUUUGUUAACUGAGCAAUAAGUAUAGUGACAUGUAACUAUUUACAGUGGUUAAAAUAGAUGGAAGUAUUUUUAAGACAGCAAGUUUCAUAAAUCUUUUGCUAGAUGAAAUAAAGAUAUAUUUUUGCCAUUA